AAUUUAAAAUUUUAGGGGUUUACUAUCUGAUGAUGGUAAUUUUGUUACUAAUGAUCAAUGAUGGGCUAAUUAAAAACCAAUAUAGUACUUCAAUAUGCGAACAUUAUAUGAAUGUGAAUCAUGGAGAUAUCUAGCUUUAUCGAAACGCCCAAAUAAAAAGAAGAAAACUAAAAAUGGAUCAAGGCCUGUUGAAUUGUUUAAAUUACAUCUAAGAAAUCUGUCAGACAAUCUCAAAACUUACAAGAAAGCUAUUACCGAUUAUCUUCGAAAAAUUGGAGAAUUGAUUAAGAAGAUGGUUGCAAUCCAUCGGUCUGGAAUUGAUUUCUUAGAGAAGGUUCUCGUUGUUAUAACCGUUCCUGCGAAAUAUUUAGAAAAAGAUAAAGCAAUUAUGAGGGAAUGCGCAUUUACUUAUUAAAGAAAGAUACUUGAAGAAUUUACAAUUUACUACGGAAUCUAAAGCUGCUGCGGUUUAUUGUAUGGAAAAAGUAACCGAUCCGGAAGUCCGAAACUACUUUCAUGAUAGUCGAUUGUGGCGGUGGAACAGUAGACUUAACUACUCAUAAAUUAUUGGGGACAAACAGCUGAGUGAAGUUACUGAACGAGCCGGAGAUUUUUGUGGAAGUACAUUUAUU